ACUACUUGUCGCUUAGAUGUGACGUAUUUCCAUCGUUUUCAAUCAUGGCGGCAGAAGGCUCGGACUCAGAAGACCUGAGCAGCAACGGGCUAAUAGAGGCUCCUUCAGCUCCGGAAGCCAUGGAGGCGGUCCAACCUCCUCCAGAGACGGUAGAGGCAACAGAGGAGAACGGUGGAGAACUGGCCUCAGAGGCUUCUGAAGCUGCGACAGCAUACAACAUGCCUCUGGCAGAGAACGAGGAAGAGGAUGGCGAGUUGCCGGCGGACUUUGACCGACUCUGGAAACUGGCCCAUGACAAUCCACAGGACUUCUCUAGCUGGACUGACCUGCUGCAGUACUGUGAGCAAGAGAGUCACAUGACUGCAUCGCGGCGGUCACUGGUGGCCUUUCUGGCACGGUACCCCCUGUGCUACGGGUACUGGAAGAAGUUUGCCGACCUGGAGCGACGUGCUGGCUACACCAAUAAGGCUCAGGAGGUGUGCGUGCAAGGUCUGAAAGCCAUCCCUCUGAGUGUAGAUCUGUGGAUCCACUACAUUAACCUGCUGCUGGGCACACUCAACAUGAACCUGGCCGAGUCGUCUCAGCGCAUACGCAGUGCGUUUGAGGAGGCGGUGGCUGCAGCAGGGCUGGAUUUCCACUCAGACCGCCUGUGGGAGCUCUACAUAGAGUGGGAGAAGGAGCAGGGAGACAUGAGGGCUGCCAGUGGAGUUUACGACAGAGUCCUCAGAGUACCCACCCAGCUCUACAGCAGCCACUACGACAAAUUCAAGACUCACCUCAAUACCCAUGCACCAAAGGAUGUCCUCUCAGCAGAGGAGUAUGGGAGGUUACUUGAGGAAUGUAAACAGAGCCACAAAAUUGAGAAGGCUGAGCAGGCUGAGGGGGAGGAGGAGAUCCCCCCUGGAGAGGAGAAGGAGCCUACAGAGGAAGAGUUAAUUCCAAAGAUGCGUGAGCUUCUAUUGGCUCGCAGGGAGAAGGUAUUCCAGGACCUAGAGGGUGAGGUCAGGAAGAGGUGGAACUUUGAGGACGCUAUCAAGCGUCCGUAUUUCCAUGUGAAGCCAUUGGACCGGACCCAACUCCGGGCCUGGCACUCCUACCUGGACUGGGAGCUCACCCAGCUGGACGCUGGGGAUGAACAGGAAGUGAGGACUGAGGUGGAACCAGAGGGCAUGGAGGGCUGGGAAGAAAUUAAAAAGGAGGACAACAAUGGGUCAAAUAGCAGCGGGAUUGUCGCCGGGGGUGACCAAAGAGUGCGAAUUUUGUUUGAGCGCUGUCUGAUUGCCUGCGCUCUCUAUGAAGAGUUCUGGACCAAGUACAUUCAGUACCUGGAGCCCCAGAGCCUGGAUGAGGCGCGGGCCGUGUUCAGACGAGCCUGUGAGAUCCACCUGGCCCACAAACACACCAUGCAUCUGCAGUGGGCCACGUUUGAGGAGAGACACGGUGACCUAAACGAGGCGCGUCGGGUGUUAGAGGCCCUGGAAACCUCUGUCCCCGGGUUGGCUAUGGUUCGGCUGCGCAGGGCGGGGCUAGAGAGAAGGGCGGGUCGGCUAGAUGAAUCUGAAGCGCUGCUCAGAGACGCGGUGGCCCAGGCCAAAGAGACACCACACCUCCAUGCAUUCUACUCCAUCAAACUCGCCCGUCUGCUUCUGAAGCUCUGCAAGAAUCCCAGCAAGGCGCGGGGUGUUCUCCAGGAGGCGCUGGAGAUCAGCCCGGAUAACAGUAAACUGCACCUAAACCUGCUGGAGUUGGAGGUGUCUGGUGACCCCAGAGGGUCAGCCGAAGGUGUGCAGCUGUGUGUGUCUCGAGCACUGGCUGCACCCCUUUCCCCACGGACCAAGAUCCUCUUCUCCCAGAGGGGCCUGCAGUACGCUGAGGACUACGGGACAUCUGUGCACAGUGUCCUGACCGUCUAUGAGGAGCAUCAGAAGCUGCUGAAAGAGCUCGGCAACAAGAAGAGAGGGGCUGAGAACGGAGACAAUGAGGACCCUGACAAAAUGCUAAAAGGAGAAGACGGAUCCGCUUUGCCCGCCACACCACAGCCCCCUCCCACAAUGCCUCAUGUUCCCAUAACAACACCACCACCACCCAUGAUGGGUGCAGACAUGAGUGCGGGCUAUGGAUAUGGAGGCUGGUAUCAGGUAGAGCAGCCACAGUAUGGGGGAUAUGGAGGCUACCAGCAACCCUGGAACUACAAUCAGGGUUACUACCCUCCCAGCUAAGGGGGAAGAGAAAUAACGUGACAUCACCAAGCAGCAGGGGUUAACAGGGAGGAUUCAGCAUUGAGGACCCAGUGAACUCACCACCCACUUCACCUUAAACUCCAUGGUUACAUCCCAAAUGGCACCACAUUCCCUACAUUAACACCCCAUUGAAGGAAUAGGGCACCACGUUCCCUACCUUAACACCCCAUCGAAGGAAUAGGGCGCCAUUUGGGACGCAAACCCAUAUUUUAUCAGGAACAGGGUCGUGACCUGCAAUACUUGUCGUUCCCUCUUUGAAAAAUGUGCUCCUGAACAUUGUUUUAACGAUAAACUAUUUUUGUAUGCUCUCUUCUACACGCAGCCCCUAUGGCGUUCACUGUAAGCAACACAAUCUCCCCACACGUCCUGUAUGGUUUCAAGUCUUGCAUCAUUCCAGGAGUAUAGGCUAGUCUUUUUCUUUUUUUUUGUAAUGUACAUAAACGUGUUUUAUAGUGUGAAGUCAGAGCUCUUUUCAUAUUCUAGUCGAUUAAGAUCAAUACAGGUCCCUCACCCAAUGCUUGUGAACUGCCAUUCCUUUACAUGUUGUAUAAAAGGUGUACCAGUGUCUUUUAACAUUUGCAUAGAGGUAAAGAAAGAAAUAGUAACUGAAUAUUGGCUGUACUAUACCUAAUAGAUGUGCCCAAACCUAAUCCUGCUAGCCAGAAUCAUGGCACUGUGAGAAGACUAGACCCAGAACAACAGGCCGUCUAGGUUCACUUUUAAUGGAAUUUCAGCAGAAAAUGGCAGAACCAAAAUGUUUGCUUUCUCGUGUCACUCCUUGGUUUUUAAAAAGCCAUUCCAUUACUGUUGGAUUUUAGAGUGCAUCCGAUCCAUUGUACACUGAAAAGGCAUGCACAAAUACACUGCAAAUGAGUGACAAUGUAACUUUUUAAUGUUGGAGUUUCAUUUCGACUUUUACAUCGCUUAAAUAAAGAUUUCAGUGAACCACAAUAUAAA